UCUUGGUGGAAAUGUGUUGUUUUUUCAAAAGGUAUUAAUUACAUGUGAUUUUAGUGAUAACGAUAUUGUAAACUAAUUGAAAUAAAUCUUGUUGUCUGGUGGUGUAUUGGUGUUUCUAAAUUUCGUGAAUUUUGUGACUGAUUAAAUUAAUCAAAGAUGAAGAACCAAGUGGAAAAAAAUAAUUGCAGUUUCAACCCUUGUACUCAAACUUCAAUGGAUCCUGGUGAAGAAAUCGUUAUCUCGGGGAUUGCUGGAAGAUUUCCUGAAUCUGAUAAUAUGAGACUCUUUCAAGAGAACUUGUUUAACAAAGUUGAUCUUGUGACUGAUGAUGAUCGUCGUUGGAAAUUAGAUCAUCCCGAAAUUCCUCAAAGGACUGGUAAAAUAAAUAAUGUGAGUAAAUUUGAUGCUCUCUUUUUCGGAGUUCAUUUUAAACAAGCCCACACAAUGGAUCCGAUGUGCAGAAUGCUGAUGGAGCAUGCUUAUGAAGCUAUUGUUGAUGCUGGUGUUAACCCCAGACAGUUAAGAGGAACCAGAACUGGAGUUUUCAUCGGAGCUUGUUUUUCAGAAUCAGAAAAGACAUGGUUUUAUGAAAAACUUCAAGUAAAUGGAUUCGGAAUUACUGGAUGUAGUAGAGCAAUGUUAGCUAACAGAUUAUCAUAUUGGUUGGGAGUAACUGGACCAAGUUAUACUGUUGACUCUGCUUGUAGUUCAAGUUUGUUUGCUAUGGAGCAUGCUUAUAGAGCUAUCCGUAAUGGUCAAUGUGAUGCAGCACUCGUUGGAGGUGCUAAUCUGUGUCUACAUCCUUAUGUAUCACUCCAAUUUUCACGUUUAGGCGUAUUGUCACCUGAUGGCCGCUGUAAAUCUUUUGAUGCUGAUGCAAAUGGAUAUACCAGGAGUGAAACGGUGAGUGUAGCAUUCCUUCAAAAAGCUAAAAAUUCGAAAAGAAUUUAUGCUACAUUAGUACACGGAAAAACAAACUGUGAUGGUUUUAAAGAGCAAGGAAUAACUUUUCCAUCAAGUGUAAUGCAGAGUGUAUUAUUAAGAGAAUUUUACGAAGAAUGUAAAGUUCCACCUACUAGCUUGGCUUAUAUUGAAGCUCAUGGAACUGGAACUAAAGUAGGUGAUCCUGAAGAAAUCAAUGCUAUCGACUCUGUUUUCUGCAUUGGACGAACUGAACCUUUAAGAAUUGGAUCAAUUAAAUCAAAUUUAGGCCAUGCUGAGCCUGCUAGUGGAAUGUGUUCCAUUGCUAAAGUUAUUAUUGCCAAUGAAUCAGGCAUUAUUCCACCAAAUCUUCAUUAUAAACGUCCACGUGAAGGCGUUAAAGCGUUAGAAGAAGGCCGCAUUACAGUAAUCACGGAGCCAACGCCAUGGAAAGGUGGUUAUGUGGGUGUCAGCUCAUUUGGAUUUGGUGGAGCAAAUGCUCAUAUAUUACUUAAAUCGAAUCCCAUUGAAAAAGUCAAUAAUGGAAUUCCCGGUGAUGAUCUUCCUCGACUUGUAAUAGCAUCUGGAAGAACAGAAGAAGCUGUUGAAUGCAUUUUAAAGGAUGUUGAAAGUCGACCUCCUGAUGUUGAGUAUGUGAAACUUCUUCAUGAUAUCCAUUCAGAAGAUAUUCCUGGGCAUCUUUAUAGAGGAUAUAGUGUGUUAAAAAAAGAAACAACUUCUGAGAAGUUUAUUAGGGAUAUUGAACAUUAUCCAGGUGCUAAAAGACCAAUUUGGUUUGUUUUUUCUGGAAUGGGAUCUCAGUGGCCAUGCAUGGGAACUGCAUUACUUAGAUUUCCUGUAUUUGCUGAAGCUAUCAAAAAAUGUGAUACUGUUUUAAAACCUCGUGCAGUCAAUAUUUAUGAUAUCUUAACCAAUCCAAGUAAAUCAACUUUUGAUAAUAUUUUGAAUUCAUUUGUUGGAAUUGCUGCUAUUCAAAUCGGACUUGUAGAUCUUUUGACAUCGCUAAAAAUUGUACCAGAUCACAUAAUAGGCCAUUCUGUGGGAGAGCUUGGAUGUGCUUAUGCAGAUGGUUGUUUUACAGCAGAACAAAUGGUUUUAGCUGCUUAUUCUAGAGGUUUAGCUUCAAUUGAAACUAAAACAAUCUUUGGAUCAAUGGCUGCAGUUGGUUUGGGUUAUGAAGAUAUCAAAGAUCUUUGUCCACCGGAUAUUGAAGUUGCUUGUCACAAUGGACCUGAGAGCUCCACCAUCUCUGGACCAGCUGAAUCAAUGAAAGCCUUUGUUGCUAAACUUCAAGCCAAUCAAAUAUUUGCACGUGAAGUUCCUUGCAGUAAUAUUGCUUAUCACAGUCGUUAUAUCGCAGAUGCUGGACCAAAAUUAUUAAAAUAUUUGAGAGAAGUGAUUCCUGAACCCAAACCAAGAAGCCCUAAAUGGUUGAGUACUUCAGUUCCUCGUAGUCAGUGGUCCACACCUCAAGCUAGACUAUCGUCUGCAGAAUAUCACACUAAUAAUCUUCUCAGUGCUGUACUUUUUGAAGAAACUUCAAACUUAAUUCCUAAAGAUGCUGUUACUAUUGAAAUCGCUCCUCACGGUUUACUGCAAGCAAUUUUACGGAGAUCUCUACAUCCUAGUAUUACGAAUAUUCCUUUAACACAACGAGGACAUAAAGAUAAUGUCGAAGUAUUUCUUCAAGCUGUAGGUAAACUUUACAGUGUUGGACUUCAACCACAAAUAUCAAAUUUAUAUCCUGAAGUUAAAUUCCCUGUAUCUCGUGGUACUCCAAUGAUCUCACCAUUAAUUAGAUGGGAACACUCUGAUGAAUGGUAUGUAACAUCAUAUAGAAUGCAAGAAAAAAUAACUUCUGGUGAACGAGUGGUAGAAGUGUCCUUAAAUGAUGAAGACUAUGAAUACAUGGCAGGUCAUGUGAUUGAUGGUAGAAAUCUAUUUCCUGCUACUGGAUAUCUCUCUUUAAUUUGGGAAACUAUAGGCAUGAUAAGGGGAGAGCUAUAUACUGAAGUUUCAGUCAUCUUUAGUGAUGUAAAAUUCCUUCGAGCUACGACUAUUCCUAAAGAAGGAAAAAUUGAAUUCACAUUGAUGAUUCAAAAAGGAACUGGAAGGUUUGAAGUGAUCGAAGGUGAUGUUGCUGUAGUCACAGGAUACAUUCAUUAUACUGCUAAACCAUCAUCAGAGAAAAUGAAUCCAAAAAUUCCAGUAGAAGACUGCGAAGAAGUAAUGCAAAGCAAAGAUGUUUAUAAAGAGCUCCGUUUACGUGGAUAUCAUUACAAUGGACUUUUUCGAAGCAUUAAUUGUGCGACAACAAAUGGAACUCGAGGAAAAAUUACUUGGGCUAAUAAUUGGGUUGCUUUUAUGGACAAUAUGUUACAGAUGCAAAUACUCGGAAUGGAUUCACGUGGUUUAUUUGUUCCUACUGGAAUUCAGAAGCUUGUUAUUGACACUAAAAUGCAUUUAAAUCAAAUUAGAGCUAUGCCUGAUGAUAUGAAAGAAUUCCAAGUUUAUUGCGACAAAACAUUAGAUUUAAUUAUAGCAGGAGGAGUAGAAAUUCGAGGUUUAAAAGCGAGUGCAAUUGCUCGUAGAAAACCUGGUGGUGAACCUGUUCUAGAAUCAUAUAAAUUUAUCGCUCAUAGAGAUCAAACUGAGGUUUCUCUGAAAGAAGCAAUACGAAUAGCAACACAUUUAGCUCUAGAAAAUCAUCAAGGAAUCCGAAUAAAGGCUCUAGAACACUUGGGUGUUAAUGAAAAAUAUUCAGUUCAAGAUUUAAUUCUGUCUUCUAUAUCAAAUGUGCUUGAAGAUAUUCCAUUGAUACAAGCUGAUCUAAAUAUUGUACUUAGCACAGAGAAUCCAUUUACAGAAAAUGAUGUACCUUCAAAAAUUAAUAUAACAGAAGUAAAAAAACUUCCACCUGAAACUAAUGCUUUAUUGUUAGUUGGCCGGAAUCUUCUUUUCAAUGAAAAAAAUACAAUAUUAACUGAACUAUUACUUUCUGUUAAAGAUGGAGGUUUUAUUUUAACUUUGGAAUCAAUGAAUAUUCAAGAUUGCGAUGAAGUCACCAAAAAACAUAAUUUAGAUAUAAUUCUGGAAAAGGUGGUCAAUAACUCAACAUUUUUAUUGUUGAGAAAACGCGAUAAAUUACCUAAGAGAUCUGUAAUCGUGAAUAUAAAACAUAAUACAUUUUCUUGGGUUGAUGAGUUAAAAGAUACUUUAAAAACAGAAGUCGAACGAGAGUCGGGAAGUGGUGCAAGAAUUAUCAUCGUCAGCGAAAAAAAUUUUGAAAGUGGUUUACUGGGAUUAGUAAAUUGUCUACGUAAAGAACCUGGUGGAGAAAUGAUUCGAGGAGUUUUAAUUCAGGAUGAAAAAGCUCCAGACUUCUCUUUAUUAUUGCCUUUAUAUACUAAUCAACUUAAGCUUGAUCUUGCAGUGAAUGUUCUCCGACCAAAUAAAAUUUGGGGAUCUUAUAGACAUCUUGAGCUUCCACCAUUGACUCUAAAACCUUUCCAUCAUGCUUGGGCUAACCAACUUGUUAGAGGUGAUUUAAGUUCCCUUCAAUGGCUUCAAGGUCCAAUUGAAUCUUAUACUACUCAUCCAGAUCUAGUCCAUAUUAUUUAUUCAGCUAUCAAUUUCCGUGAUAUCAUGUUAGCUAGUGGUAAGCUCGCUAUUGAAAUCGUCGCAAAGACUAGAGCCCAAGAAGAAUGCGUUCUUGGAUUUGAAUAUUCAGGAAUAGACUGCACAGGUCAAAGAGUGAUGGGUUUAAUUCCUUUCCGAGCCAUCACCAAUCAAGCUAUAAUCGAUCGAAAUUUAUCUUGGCCAGUUCCGGAUGGUUGGACUCUUGAAGAUGCUGCAACUGUUCCUUGUGUCUAUGCUACAUCAUAUUAUGCAUUGUACCUAAGUGGAAACAUGAAGAAAAAAGAUAAGGUUUUAAUUCAUGCGGGAUCUGGGGGUGUUGGUCAAGCAGCUAUCACUCUAGCUUUGAAUGAAGGAUGUGAAGUAUUUACUACCGUUGGCACGCUUCAUAAGCGAAAAUUUAUUAGAGAAAGAUUCCCACAAAUUCCUGAUGAUCAUAUUGGAAAUUCACGUGAUACCAGUUUUGAACAAUUAAUUCUCAAAAAAACGAAUGGCCGUGGUGUGGAUAUUGUUUUAAAUUCUUUAGCUGAUGAAAAACUUCAAGCUUCAAUUCGCUGUUUAGCUAAAGGUGGUAGAUUUUUAGAAAUUGGAAAAUUCGAUAUGGCAAAUGACAGUCAUCUAGGAAUGGCUGCUUUUCUGAAUGAAAUCAGUUUUCAUGGUAUUCUAUUAGAUAAUCUUUUCGACGCUCCUGCUGAAAAAAAAAUUCAAUUAAAAAAACUUUUACAAAAAGGAUUAGAUAAUGGUUCAAUUCAACCUCUUACGAGGACAGUUUUUCCGAAAGAUCAGCUAGAAGCAGCCUUUCGAUUUAUGGGAGCUGGAAAACAUAUUGGUAAAGUUCUAAUUAAUGUCCUUGAUGAAAAAAACUGUCAAAAUAUAGCAAUCCCUGCUCUGCCAAGAUAUUACUGUUUACAAAAUCGAAGUUAUAUCAUUCUUGGAGGUCUUGGUGGAUUUGGAUUAGAAUUAGCCGACUGGUUAGUACUAAGAGGUGCUCGAUAUCUUAUUCUUACUUCUCGAAGUGGAUUAAAAAAUGGAUAUCAGAAAAUGCGAAUAAAAUUAUGGGAAGAUUAUGGAGUAAAAGUAAAAGUGGUUGUCAAUAAAAAUGUAGCAAUUCAAGAAGAAUGCGAAGAUAUUUUAAGAGCAGCUAUAAAAUUUGCGCCUGUUGAUGCAAUUUUCAAUCUUGCUGUUGUACUUAAAGAUGGUUUGUGUGAGACUCAGACUGCAGAAAAUUUUGAAGAAUCUUUUAAAGCCAAGGCUUGGAGUACAAAAAUGUUUGAUAAAUUAUCAAGAGAAAUUUGUCCUCAGCUUCGACAUUUUGUAGUGUUUUCUUCAGUUUCAUGUGGACGUGGAAAUGUUGGUCAAACUAAUUAUGGUAUGGCUAAUUCUGUUAUGGAAAGAAUCUGUGAAAAACGUAAGGAAGAUGGUUUUCCUGCAUUAGCGAUACAAUGGGGAGCUAUUGGAGAUGUUGGAAUAGUUGCUGACAUGCAAGAAGAUAAUAAAGAGCUUGUCAUUGGUGGUACACUUCAACAAAAAAUUUCCUCAUGUCUUCAAGAACUCAAUCAUUUUCUUACGCAAGAUGAUCCUAUUGUAGCAAGUAUGGUUGUGGCAGAAAAGAAAGCUGGAGGAUCUGGAUCUCUCAAUAUUGUAGAUACUGUUUUAAAUAUCAUGGGAGUAAAAGAUUUAAAAACUAUAAGUCAUCAUACAUCUUUAGCAGAGCUUGGUAUGGAUUCAAUGAUGGCUGUAGAAAUUAAACAAACACUUGAAAGAGAAUUCGAAAUAUUCCUCACUUCUCAGGACAUUAGAGGUCUCAAUUUUGCAAAACUGCUAGAAAUGAAUUUAAAGAAUACAGAGAGAAAUAAACAAAACAGAAGUGCAGGUGGUGAUGAAGUUUUAACAGGCAUGAAGAUUCUUCUUCGAGUUGUCGGCCGAGCAGACGAAUAUUCAGACAUAUGUCUGAAGCUUCAAACUAAAGAAGAAGUCGGAAGGCAUGAAGUAUUUCUCAUUCCUGGAGUAGAAGGUUGUGGAUCUGUUUUUUUCAGUCUUGCAGAGCAUAUUAAAUCACCAGCAACAUGUUUACAGUUAGAUAACAUGACUACUCAAUAUUUUUCUAUCUUUGAAAUGGCAAAUCAAUUAUUGCCGCACGUCUUACAACGAAACAAAGGUCGUCGAGAUUUUGUGAUUGCUGGGUACUCUUACGGUUCGUUAGUUGCUAUUGAAUUGGCAAGAAAGUUGGAAGCUGAAGGUUUAACUGGAAGAUUAGUUCUAAUUGAUGGUGCACCAGAGCUUAUGAAAGCCAUUAAAGAUCAACAAUUAGCAUCAGCUAGUGAUGAGGAGCUAGAAACCAAUGUACUUGUAGGAAUUAUGGAUAUUUAUUCUCCAUCAUUAAGUGGAGAGCUCUUCGUGGAAUUACAAAAGUGUUUAUCUUGGGUAGAAAAACUGGAAAAGUUUUUACAUUUCUUACCUGCAGAGUCUUUACAGAUAUCACCAGAGCGUCAAGGAAAAAUUUGCACUGCAGUUUAUCAUCGUUUAAUUGCCCUUCAAAAUUAUGAUAUUUCUGAUUUACCACCUCUCAGAUCUUCAAUCUUACUUUUAAAACCAUCAAUGCCAACCUUGAAAAGUGUUACAGGAGAUUAUGGGCUUAGUAAUAUUACUCGAGAAAAAGUUGAAGUUUAUACUAUUGAUGGCAAUCAUGUAACAAUUCUAGAUAAUCUGAAAAUUGCAACAGCCAUCAAUGGAGAACCACUUGAAGAUGCUGAAGCAUUCAAAGCUAAAAUUAUGGAAGAUGGAAAAAUUCUUACUCCGAUUCUUGAUCAACAACAACACACCAGAUCUUAGUUUAAUCUAUAUUCAAAUAAUUGUCAGUUCGAUAAUGAACUGACAGCUGUUUUAUUAAUUAUAGUCUAAGUCAUUGUUUUAUUCAUUUUGUUACACUAUAAACUGUUACGUCCUAAUAUCUAAUAGUAAAAAAAAUGAAGGGUAGAAAUGAUCGUUUUUAAUGAAAAAUCAUUUAUUGUAUAUACAAGACGGAAAAUUUAUAUCAUUCACCUUCCAAAUGUAAUAAACAUUGCUUUUUCCAACAGCAAGAACACAGUAUCUUUUACACACAUUAAUGUUUGUUUCAGACACACUCAGCCUUUUGAAUAUAAUAAAAUUACUAAAUAAC